AAUAUGGGAUUCUGGACUUUGCUGGAAGGUCUUCUGCUCUUUGCUAAUGCAAUGGCAAUACUGAACGAGGAUCGGUUUCUAGCUCCAAGAGGGUGGACCUUGGCAGAACUCCAAGCCGGAAGAAAAAAUUCGCUCAAGGGUCAGGUCAUUGGGCUUAUACAUGCAUGCCAGUUCAUGAGAUUGCCACUUAUACUUUUGAAUAUCAUCAUUAUCGUAGUGAAGCUAGUCUCUGGUUAAGGUUGAAGAGUGACCACAGAGAUUUGCUGCUUGUGAUAUACGUUGACACUUACACAUUGUGAAGAUUUUAGAACAAAAUUGAUGUAUACCGUGUGAAUUUCAUGAAUCAGUAAACUUUAUAGAAGAUUUUAAAAGAAAAUGGGCCCUUUUGUUGAA